GCAAGUGCCGCUUUCCUUUUUUAAGAAGGUUUCCUUUGCUCGUCGCUCUUCCUCGCGAAGGCUCCUGUGUUUACUGCAGGGACACUUCCCUUGGGAUCCUUUCACGCCGACGGGUCAAAGAAGAGUCAUCCUCCUUUAAGUGCCAAGAAGAGGCCUUCUACCUUCUGGUGCAAGAAGACAUUGAACAAGAAUUGGAAGCUAAAGCUACCAAAGAAGUUGAAAGAAAACUAAGCAGGGAUUUAGUGCAAGAAGAGGAAGAACAGUUGAUGGAAGAAAGGAAAAAGAGAAAAGAAGACAAGAAAAAGAAGGAAGCUGCUCAAAAAAAGGCCAUUGAACAAAAAAUCAAAGUGCCAGAACAAACAAAGACCAGUGUAAGCCAGCCUCAGCCCGUCACCUCUAACGGCACUUCCACAGCAACCAGCACUAAUAAUAAUGCCAAGCGGGCCACAGCCAGCAAUCAGCAGCAGCAGCAGACCUUGCCUCGAUACCCUCCUCGUGAAGUACCACCACGAUUUCGACACCAGGAACAGAAACAGCUUUUGAAGCGAGGUCAGCAGUUACCAGUGAUAGCUGCAAACCUGGGAUCCACUCCUAAAGUAUUAAACAGCCAAUCAGGAGGCAGCGCUGUCACAAGUAAACAGCCAGUGACCAACGGAGAAGUGCCGAACAGCAGCAGCAAAAAACAGUCAGGCAUGCCUCCCAUUCGGGACUUGGUCAGCCAUUCCCCUAACCAGUCAGAUCUGAACCACAGUGGUCUAGGAUCCCAUUAUGAAAAUUCUCACUGGGGACCAGUCUCUUCAAAUAAUGACUCCAGCACAAACUGGGAUAAAGUUAUCGUAGACGGUUCUGACAAAGUAGCAUGGCCAUCAAUCACAGGCAGUGACCCAGAGUUGGCUUCAGAAUGUAUGGACACUGACUCCGCCUCUAGCUCUGGGUCAGAGAGAAAUCUUGUUAUUAUGGCUUCAGGGAGCACAGGUGGUGAAAACGAUAGCGUUCGGAAUGGCAUUGGACAUGGUUCUCAAAAUAAGUUUGUGGUUGGUAGCAACAGCAAUAAUGUGGGCAAUGGAAGUAUUAAUGGGCCAUGGGGUUUAUCCCAUGGAACCAUAAUAAGCACAUGUCAAGUUUCUGUGGAUGCUCCUGACAGCAAAUCUGAAAGUAGCAACAAUAGAAUGAAUGCUUGGGGCACCAUAAACUCUUCAUCAAAUGGAGGGUUAAAUCCAAGCACUUUGAAUUCAAAUGGCAACCAUGGUGCCUGGCCUGUAUUGGAGAACAAUGGACAUGCCCUGAAAGGGUCUGUAGGGAGUGGUAAUUCUGGCACAAAUAUUCAGUGCAGUACCAUAGGUCAGAAGUCUAACAAUCAGAGUAUUAACUCUAAAGUGGGUGGUUCAGCCCAUGGUUCCUGGGCAAGCCUUCAGGAAAAUUGUGAUUCUGAAGUGAAUGGUACAAGGAAGGUUUCAUUCAGUGGACAACCUCAAAACCUUAACACUGAAAUGAAUGGACCAAAUAACACUACUAACUUUAUGACCUCUAGUUUACCAAACUCUGCUGGUUCAGUACAGAUUAACAAACUGCCUAAUAAUACAGGGCCUGGGGCCUGGCGUGUGAGCACAAUGAAUCAUUCUCAGAUUCAGGCCUCUCCAGUUACAAAUGGCACUUCCACUUCUCAUCUUAGCAAUGGUGAGGCAAAAAAUGGUGGAUCUUAUGGUACUACGUGGGUUGCCUAUGGUUCUAAUUACUCUGGAGACAAAUGUUCAGGCCCAAACAGCCAAGCUAAUGGUGACACUGUGAAUGCAACUCUAACGCAGCCUGGCAGCAGUGGGCCUGGCAGCACUAAUUUUCAAAUCAAUGGGAAUAAAGGAGGAGGGGUCUGGGAGGGAGGGACAGUCAACUCCCAAACUAUGCCAUGGGGAAGCGCAAAUGGUGCGAGUUCUGGAGCAAGUCGAAGAGGAUGUGGCAACCCUGCACAAAACACUGGCACUAGCAUUUCAAAUGGGGAAUGGAAUAAACUGCCUAGCAAUCCACAUUCCAAUGAAAGCGUAAAUGGAAAUCGUAGGAAGUUUACAAAUGGAUGGAAAUCUGCUGAAGAGGAUGAUCUUAAUAGCCAGAAUUCUGCUGCAUCUCAGAUAACUGAGCAGAACAAUGUAUGGGCCAAAACAGGUACUGGGGAUAGCGAGGGUAGUACAGAGAGCACUGGAGGCCAUGAUGAUAAAGUAACUGCAGAAGGACAGAACCGAGAGAGAAGAAAAGUUGACCAGCAUGCAUUACUCCAAAGUAUAGUGAGCAGAACUGACUUAGAUCCACGUGUCCUUUCCAACUCUGGUUGGGGACAGACUCCAAUUAAACAAAACACUGCCUGGGAUACUGAAACAUCGCCAAGAGGUGAAAGAAAGACUGACAAUGGGACAGAGGCCUGGGGAGGCUCUGUGACACAGACUUCCAGCUCAGGGGGAUGUGUGGAGAGACCUAGCCCUAAUGCUAAUGAUACCUCAUCUAUAUCAGG